UCCUCGGGCAGCUGACCCUAGGCCAGUCUGCUGAACUGAGGUGUGGCGUUUUUACGCAGGUCUAACUGAUCAGGGAUCGGUCUGGUGAACUGAAGCGUGCCGGUCUGAAGUAGGAAGUGGAUGUUUCUCUUGAUAGGGGCGGGGACGGUCUAUGAUCAGCGAUCACCCCCCAUGAGUCCAAACGUCAUAUCGACGAGACGUCUCUCUGCGAGGCGUUUAGCAGCUGAAAGCCCUGAUGGUUCUUCCAGGUUACCCCGGCGGCGGCAGCUACGCCCCGCUAAAGUGGAAGGAGCCCAAGGGACCCAUGGAGAACAGCCUUCUGUCCACGCCGUCCGUACGGCAGUACGGCAGCAUGGCAGCACGGCAGUACGGCAGCGGGGGCUGCACCGGCGACACCUGCCCCACCUGCCGAGGCACCGGUCGCAUCCCCAGGGGCCAGGAGGACAUGUUGGUGGCAGUGAUACCGUGUAACGACGUCAGGCUGAAGCCCCAACGCACGAAGCUGUACGUGUGCCUCUCCAUGGGGCUGUGCCUGGUGAUCUGCUGCCUCAUCCUCUACUUCCUGUUCCCGCGGACCGUGGUCCUGGUCCCCGUGUUCGUCCAGUCGGUCACCGUCUACUUCACCCCCGAGGCCGUCAGCCUGGAGGUCACGAACCUCGUCAACAUCUCCAAUGAGAACUUCUUUCCCGUUCAAAUCGUGGAGCUGGACAUUCAGGGCCUGAUCUUGAAGACCAUCAUGGGGAAGUCCAAGCAGUGCAACGUGACCCGCCUGGACGCCCGCUCGCAGCUCUUGAACCUACUGCCAGUCGAAAGCCAUCCCCCUCCACACUCUGUUCCUGGAGCUGCAGAUUACGAUGCAGGUGUCAUACCUGUCUCACAACGAGCAGUUCUUCAUGAACAUCUACGAGUACAUCGACUGUGGCAACAACUCCACCGUUCCACACCUGCCUGCCUGACUGCCCAGGAGUCGUUUCCCAAAUGCGUUUUUUGUUUGGACAUCGGAUCCAGCGGCAGAGAGCUGCUCGAUGAGUACGGAUGGCGAGCGGUGGGCGUGGUGAAGAGUGCCUGCUCCUGUGUAGUGAUGGGUUUGCAUCCGUUUGCACGUGAAGCCCCAAGGCUCCUAACAGCUUGGUUUUUAGGACUGUGAUGUUUUGUUAACUAACUGCACUUUUAUUUGAAAUUGAUUUUGUUAAAUAUAUGCCAUGAUUGACAUGUGCUAUGUUUAUGUCAGUCUUUCCUUUUUGUAAACUGAAUCAGUGGCAUAGUGUGUGCUUUGAAGGGAAAUUAUAAUAAAGUCACUUUGGUCAAGCAACAA